GGUUACAAGCAUUUAUUUAUAUCUCUUACAACAUCCAAAACUUUGUUUAUACUUUCUCUCUCACAUCUAAAGAUAUAUCUUGUUUCUGAAUUUCCAACAUCUAAAAUGGAACAAGGAAAUGACCAUAGAUUAUAUGUGUCUAUAGAGGAUUUAGGUUUCAAUGGUGAAAAUUGUAACAAUAGAGGAAAAUUGAGAAAGAUUAACCACUAUGAUGAUGAUACACAUGUGUACACAUCAAAGAACCUUGAGACAGAAAGAAAAAGGAGGGAGAAACUCAGUAGCAGACUUUUGAUGCUUCGUUCUUUAGUACCAAACAUCACAAAUAUGAACAAAGCAAGCAUUAUUGAAGAUGCUAUCACUUACAUGCAAAAAUUGCAAAAUGAAGUUAAGAGUCUCACGGAAGAGCUUCAUGAUAUGGGAGGAACAAAAGAGAAAAAAUCUGAGCCAAAAAGAAGUGGUUCUGCUGCUGAAGCAGAGAUGAAAAAUUGGGGCAUACAGGAAGAGAUUGAGGUGGCAAAGGUUGAUAAGAAUAAGAUAUGGGUUAAGAUGAUACUUGUGAACAAGAGGGGAAGGUUAUUGAAAUUAAUUGAAGAUUUGAAUGAUUCACGCAUUGAAAUGAUUGACAUUAGUGUUACAACUAUAGAAGGAGCAUAUCUUGUUACAGCAACAUUACAGGGCUUAGAUGGUGAACCACUUGAAGAAUAUCACAUUCCAACUCUUAUCAAGUUAGAUUAGAGCAAUUGAAAAAGUUAUUUUGCAUUAAUCUAUUAAAUUGAAAUGAACAUUAGAUUAUUGUAUUGCUCAAUUAACUUGUACUGACUCUAUUAAGUUGUUUCUAAUCAUGCUUUUUUUACAAGUUA